CGUCAAAAGGAGGCGCAAGCAAGUUGUGUUGUUGGAACCUCAGUGGAUGGAAGGUAUCGUGUGAGACAUACGCACAUCCUUAGUUUUACGAACAGGUCUUAUUUUAACGUUGAAAUCAGUAGCAUAUUCUUAUAAAUAUCACGGACUACACAACAGGAUAAUCACACAGAGUAUGAUGACUCCUCACUGGCUGCUGCUGCUGUCCCUCUCGCUGGGGGUGAUGGCGGUGCCUAUUGACCGCAACCCUAACCAGCAGGAGGUCCAUCCCCCUAAGGAAGAGAUACCAGAGGAAAAUGCGGACACAGGGCUGUAUUAUGACCGGUAUCUGAGGGAGGUCAUUGAGGUGUUGGAGACAGAUCCUCACUUCAGAGAGAAACUGCAGACAGCCAACACUGAAGACAUUAAAAGUGGGCGUCUGAGUAAAGAACUGGACCUGGUGGGCCACCAUGUGAGGACCAGGCUGGAUGAACUGAAGAGGCAGGAAGUUUCCCGCCUAAGAAUGCUGCUUAAAGCCAAAAUGGACAGCACCAACACACAGAGUGUGCAAAUGGAUCAUGCCUCACUUCUAAAACAGUUUGAACACUUGGACCCUCACAACCAGAAUACAUUUGAGGCCAAGGACCUGGAGCUUCUCAUCGCUACGGCCACCAAGGACCUGGAGAACUACGACGUGGAGCGUCACGAGGAGUUCAAGCGUUAUGAGAUGCUGAAGGAGCAUGAGAGGAGGGAGUAUCUGAAGGGCUUGGACCAGGAGAAGAGGGAGAAGGAGGAGAAGAGGUUGGAGGAGAUGAAGGAGAAACACAGACAGCACCCCAAAGUCAACGCCCCGGGUAGUGUUGCUCAAUUGCGGGAAGUAUGGGAGGAAACGGACGGUCUGGAUCCACAAGAGUUUAAUCCCAAGACCUUCUUCAAACUGCACGACACCAAUGGAGAUGGCCUGUUGGAUGAGCAAGAGCUUGAGGCUCUCUUCACCAAAGAGCUGGAGAAGGUGUAUGACCCAAAGAAUGAGGAAGAUGACAUGAUGGAGAUGGAGGAGGAGAGGCUACGAAUGAGAGAGCAUGUGAUGAAAAAUGUGGACCUCAAUCAUGACCGUGUGGUCAGUCUGGAGGAGUUUCUGAAGUCGACAGAGAAGAAGGAAUUUAGCAACCCUAAGGAGUGGGAGACGCUGGACGACACCAAGCCCGUGUACACUGAGGAGGAGCUCCAGCGCUUCGAGGCUGAGCUCCGGGACAAGGAGGCCGAGCUGGGCAGGAAGGCUGAGAGUCUGAGGCAGGAGCAGGAACUGCUGAAGGAGAGGGGCAAAGCACUGGAGGCCCAGAAGAGGGAGUACCAGCAGGCCGUUAAGGACAUGGCUCAGAGACAGAAACAGCAACAGGAGACGAAGGAGCAACCCCCGUCUGGUCCUAACGGGGAGCUACAGUUUCAGCAGGGACUAAAGAACCUCCAGCAGGAUGGGCCAGUUGGGAAAGUGCCUGUUGAGAACGAGCCAGAGGUCCAUAACAAUCUCCAAGCCGAGCCGCCACAGAACCUGCCGCGGCACACGUCUUAACGCCGGGCCCAUCAGAAUCAGAAUUAGAAUCCGCUCCUUACUGCACAUCCGGUAUCUCAACAAGAGGGCCCAGCACACGGUCCUAAAGCCCCACCUCUUCAGUCUCCCUCUCCCCACACCAUGCCUAAUAUACUGGCUGCUGCUUUUCCCACAUGUCACAUGAUGUCCAACAGGUUGUAGCUGCUCAUGCUUGACCCAUAAUGUGUCUGUAGCAUAAAACAUAAAGCUCCCUGCACUUAUUUUGGGUUGGGUCUUACCUGCAUUUGUUUUGGGUGAGCUAUUCAAAUGACGUAAUACCUCAACACAGUGUCUUAUGGGUGUCAGCGUCUGCAUGACAUAACAGCUUACAGUGUGUGUGUGUGUGUGGUUUGAUGCCCCGCCCCCCUUCCCCCAUACCAUCUUCUGUUCCUCUUGCUAUCGGUUAGCAUAGGCUACUUUGGCCUUAUGGUCUGCAUGAUGUAGCACUACCUGCACAUUCCCCAAAAGGCAUUUGUGGGCAAACUGUCUCUUUACUGACUGCUGUGAGUACAGUGGCUUGAGCUGUUUAGCAGUUUAAUCACAAUGUCCUUGAGAUUUCCUUUGCUAUGUGUUGAAUGUACUGUAAAGGCAUUUUUUUUUUUAUCAUAAACUGUGUGUGUGAGUGUGUGGAGGUUUAAGAUUUACAAGAGGAUAUAUACAAAAUACUUUUAGUUAAGUGACUUAAGCAUGUUAUUUUGUUCACAUGCUUCUUUUAGUUGUGUGCCUGUUUUUUGAUUUGUAGUGAAAUGGGCCUGUCUGCAAAGGAGUGAACUAACUUACGGAAACUUUUGAAACAAUCAGGAGAUGUGGCGAUAGGUUUCAAAUAGCCAACCAGGUGAAAUAACAAAAUAAAAAAAAAAUUACUUUCAGCAAUAAAACAAAAUAAAUGCAUAGUCAGUCUUGGGUUUAUUUGGCCCAUAUGGUCUGCUGUCAACAGUAAACAGUUAAUUGUUCUGUUAGUUUUUGUAUUACCCAGAAGGCUUCUGGUGGGAUUUGAAAUUCUUUGAAUGUAUUGGAGCUUGCAGUGCUAGAUCCAAGCAUAGUGUUUCCUCAUGGGAAAUAUACAUUAUCCAUUUGAAGCCCAACCAACAGGAUUUGAGCCUGGUAUUGUUCAGCCUAUCACCCAUUUGUCCUGAUGAUUUCAUUAGUUUUUUUUCCCUGUACUGUUUAUUUUGAGUUUUUUUUUUAUUGUCAUGGCUCCAAGCAUAAGGUAAACAGUGAAAUGUCAAUGGCAUUAAGGUUGUGAGACAAAUGCCAUUUUCUUUAAGCCUGGGAUUUUCGCUGAGCAGACAUCCAGAUAUCUGACAAGUGGUAGCAGUGCUUUUUAAAUCCACCUCAAUGGAGAGUUCUUGUCCUGUGGUUUAUUUGUAAAGUAUAAUAAAGAUCUCUAAUGGGAUACAA